AUGGCGUCCCUUCGCAAUGCAUUUAAGACUCAGAAAACGCAUCGAGAGCGUCAUCAGCCGGAAGAUCGGAAGGAACUGGGUCUGUUGGAAAAGAAAAAGGACUACAAACUUCGCGCUCAAGACUACAACAAAAAGAAGAAAGUGCUCCAGAAGUUGAGACUGAAGGCGCUGAACAAGAAUCCGGAUGAGUUCCAUCAUCACAUGAUCAACUCGCAAAUGGUUGAAGGCGUUCAUCGCGAGAAGAACAAGGACGAAGAACUCACGGAAGCCCAAGUCAAAUUGCUUCAAAAUCGAGAUCUAACUUACAUCGUUCAGAAGCGAACCAUUGAGCAAAAGAAAAUUGAGAGGCUCAAGUCCGUUCUUCACAUGUUGGAUGUGGACGAUAAGCCUUCGAAUUCACACACCUUCUUUGUCGACACGGAAAAGGAGAAACAAGAAUUUGACCCCGCCAAAAGACUGAAUACCCAUCCGGAUUUGUUGGAUCGCACCUAUAAUCGACCUCUACUGUCAGACUUGGAAUCUGGCAAAGCUCUCCCGACUGCGGAACUUUCCUCAGACACGGUGAAAAGACGUCAGAAGGCUUACAAAGAACUCAAGCAGAGGAUCGAGCGAGAACGUCAACUGGGCGUGGUACAGGCCAAAAUGGAGGUGAGAAAGCACAUGCAGAACAAGAAAGAGAAACCUGUGGCUCUGGUCAAGCCUGAGACUAAAGACUCAGCACCCGUCUACAAAUGGCCCAAGGAGCGGAAACGUUAAGAAAUGGUCCUCCGUUGAUCCUGUUUGUUCUCAUGGAAAUCGAAAUAUAUUAUGGCAAUAAAUUAGUCAUGCAUGUUUUCAUCUA